CAUUGGGAAAUAUGACAGCAGAAGUGAAUGCUCCUUAACAUAAGGGAUUUACUGAAGAAGAAAGACAAAAUGCCUUUCAAAGGGCUUGGUUCAUUGAAAGAAAGAUUUUUUAACCCAGGAAAGGAAGAGGUGAAGAACACCAUUAGUGACUCGCUGGGGAAUCUGAGAAGGAAGAUUGAUGGCACCAACGUGGAGGAGGAGCCCCUUGAGCUGACUACAGAGGGGCGGCCGGUGCCGGCGAGCAGCCGCCGGCCAGCGCUGUGGGAGUGCUACUGCUGCGGCCUGCCCAAGCGCUACAUCAUCGCCAUCAUGAGCGGCCUGGGCUUCUGCAUCUCCUUCGGCAUCAGGUGCAACCUGGGCGUGGCCAUCGUGGAGAUGGUCAACAACAACACUGUCUAUGUCGAUGGAAAGCCAGAGCUGCGGACAGCCCAGUUCAACUGGGAUCCAGAGACUGUAGGACUCAUUCAUGGCUCUUUUUUCUGGGGUUACAUUGUGACACAAAUUCCAGGAGGGUUCAUCUCAAACAAAUUGGCUGCUAACAGGGUAUUUGGGGCAGCUAUCUUUCUAACAUCUACACUGAACAUGAUCAUCCCUUCUGCAGCAAGAGUGCAUUAUGGCUGUGUGAUGUUUGUCAGGAUUCUUCAAGGUUUGGUGGAGGGCGUCACGUACCCAGCCUGCCAUGGGAUGUGGAGUAAGUGGGCCCCGCCGCUGGAGAGAAGCAGGUUGGCUACCACUUCGUUCUGUGGGUCAUAUGCAGGUGCGGUGGUGGCCAUGCCCCUGGCAGGUGUGCUGGUACAGUAUAUAGGAUGGUCAUCAGUCUUUUAUAUUUACGGAAUGUUUGGGAUUGUUUGGUACGUGUUUUGGCUGCUUCAUGCCUAUGAGAGCCCUGCUGCCCAUCCAACAAUAACCAGUGAAGAAAGGACAUAUAUAGAAACAAGUAUAGGAGAAGGAGCCAACCUAGCUAAUUCAAGUAAAUUUAGUACUCCCUGGAAGAGAUUUUUCACUUCAAUGCCAGUUUAUGCAAUCAUUGUGGCAAAUUUCUGCAGAAGCUGGACCUUCUAUUUGCUCCUUAUAAGUCAGCCUGCUUACUUUGAAGAAGUCUUUGGAUUUGCAAUUAGCAAGGUUGGCCUUUUGUCAGCAGUUCCUCACAUGGUCAUGACAAUCAUUGUGCCCAUCGGAGGGCAGCUAGCUGACUUCUUACGGAGCAGGAAGAUCUUAACCACUACCACUGUAAGGAAGGUCAUGAACUGUGGAGGCUUUGGAAUGGAAGCAACCUUGCUUUUGGUGGUUGGUUAUUCUCACACAAAAGGUGUGGCUAUUUCCUUUCUGGUGUUAGCAGUAGGCUUCAGUGGCUUUGCAAUUUCAGGGUUCAAUGUGAAUCACUUGGACAUAGCCCCUCGUUAUGCCAGCAUUCUGAUGGGGAUCUCCAACGGCGUGGGGACGCUGUCGGGAAUGGUGUGCCCACUCAUUGUUGGUGCAAUGACAAAACAUAAGACCCGUGAAGAGUGGCAGAACGUCUUUCUGAUUGCAGCCCUGGUGCAUUACAGUGGUGUGAUAUUCUAUGCUAUCUUUGCUUCUGGGGAGAAGCAGGAAUGGGCUGACCCCGAAAACCUCAGUGAAGAGAAAUGUGGCAUAAUUGAUCAGGAUGAACUGGCUGAAGAAACAGAGAUGAACAAUGAAACUUUUGUAAGUCCAAAGAAAACGUAUGGUGCUACCAGUCAAAACAGUGAAGUACAGAGAAGGGAAUGGAGGAAGAAAAAGCAAGUAACUCAAGACAUCGAGGAACAGACUUCUUACCAUUAUGAAAAUGGAAAUUUUCAAGAUUUGUCUUAAUACUUGAAACUGUAAGAUUUGUAUAGCUACUCCCAUGACUCCUACCAUCUGCCCCAAAUCAACAAGUAUCCAUAUUUAUUGUCUUACUUAAUUAUGUUAUAUCUGGCCACAUGGCUAGAUUUGAGGGGUGAUAGUUCCCUUCCAGUGGUGUGUAAGAAGGCUAACAACAAUGGGAUUGCGAUAAGUGAUCCUAAAUCCUCUCCCAGCCUGCAUGGGUCAACCAGCAUGACCUUGGGAGAGCAGCCCUGGCAGGGUUCCUGUCUGAUGCAAGCUGUAGAACUGACUGUAGGAGCAAGGAAUUCCCUCAUCAUCUCAUCUGAACAGCAAAAGGACAAGUGACAUCAGAUGGUGGAUCCACAGUGGUCUGUGUAAUCCCUGGGUCUCCAGUGGUGCCACAGUCCAUAGUGAGUAGCCCUGCUUUGCCUAUUUAGGAUUCCUGUAGGGUGGCAUCUGAACUGCUUAACCCAUGUCAAGCCACAAACUCAUGCUAAAAGAUCAGAGCAGAGGGAAAAGGAGACUCAUGACAGUAGGUUGUAAUUAAUUACUAAUAGUCACUCAACAAUGGGAAGAGGAACAUGUGGCAGAGGUGGCACAGGAUUGCUUCAACAGUUCUUAAAAAUUGAUUGGCAGAUAUCUUUUUAUGAGAUAACAGAUGACAGAGUACGGAUAAGACAAUAAAAUGGA